UUUUGAUUGCGUGUCGUUUGUUUCGUCGUUGCCGUUGCGCUUACCUCUUUGACUUUGCUGUCGUUUUGUAAUGUUUAAACACUUGUUUCUAUGGUCUAUAACGUUUGUUUUGUCCGUUCUCUCCGAUUCUCAAGUGGAGCGAUCUGGCGAAACUGCGAAUUUGGCUGGCACCCUUGACAUUAAGGGUGAGGCACGGCCCUUUCAAGCCGAAGUGAACAAACUAAUGCACUUAAUUAUUAAUUCUUUAUAUUCAAAAAAGGAGAUAUUUCUCCGCGAACUUAUAUCGAACGCCGCUGACGCCUUAGACAAGGUUCGACUUCACUCCCUCACUAAUCCUAAUCUAGGAUCUGAGCUUGAACUUACUAUAAAGAUCCGGGCCGAUAAACCUGCAAGACUGCUGCACAUUGUUGACACGGGCAUAGGAAUGAGCGAGAGUGAACUUCACAACAACUUAGGUCAAAUCGCUCAUUCUGGGACGGCAGAAUUUUUGAAAACCUUGAAAGCAGAGGAUAGCAAAAAUUUGAUUGGGCAAUUUGGCGUUGGCUUCUACUCGGCGUUUCUUGUUUCCGAUAAAGUGACGGUGAAGAGCAAGAGUGCUACUGACGACCAGUACCUGUGGGUUUCCAACUCCAGUUCUUACGUCGUUGCCAGGGAUGAAGCCGGCCCUUUUGUACGAGGCACUACUGUAACUCUUCACAUCAAGAAUGACUCUGUAAGCUUCUUGGAGCAGGAAAAAUUGGAGAAGUUAAUCAAAACUUAUAGUCAGUUUAUAGAUUAUCCCAUUUACCUAUACAAGGUGGAGGAACAGGAAGUUGAGGUAGAAGACGAGGAAAAGAAGGCUGAGUGGGAGAAGAAGAAGGCCGAGAAAGAAGCUAGGCUCAAGGAGAAAGAGGAAGCCGGGGAAAAAGAAGGGACUGUUGUAGACAAACAUGAGGAGGAGGACGAUAUUGGAGACGAGCCGCCGAAGAAGACCAUCACGAAGACGAUCGCUGAUUAUGCUCUUAUGAACUCCGUCAAGCCUUUGUGGGCCCGCGAUCCCAGCGAGGUCACCAAGGACGAGUACCACUUGUUUUACAAGUCCUUCACGGAAGACGAGAAACCUCCCCUUGCGUACGUGCACUUCAAAGUAGAGGGAAACGUUCCUUUCAGAGCUUUGCUCUAUAUACCUCGGAAAGCCCCCUUUGAAAUCCUCGAUAACUUGAAUCCGAAAUCGGACAUCAGUUUUCACGUUAAUCGCAUUUUUAUAACGAAGGAUCUCGGCGACGACUUUCUCCGCAAGUAUAUCUCCUUCGUCAAAGGCUUCUGUGAUGCCACCGACUUUCCCCUGCAAGUCUCCCGUGAGAGCGUUCGCCGUAGCAAUUUAAGGAUUGUGGGCAAUAAAAUUACCAAAAAAGUUCUCGACUUGAUAAAGAAUCUGGCCAAAGACCCGGAAGAGUACUACGACUUCUGGAAGGAGUAUUCCAAGUUUAUCAAGCUGGGCGUGGCCGAGGGCGAUGCCAACAAGGAGCGCCUUGCCGCUCUGCUGAGAUACCAGUCUAGCUACACCAUUGGCAAGGACGAGAAGGCACUUACCUCAUUGGAGGACUAUGUGUCUCGAAUGAAGAAGAACCAAAAGGUUAUCUACUUUCUUUCGUGCCAAACAAUAUAUGAGUGCAAAACGUCGCCACUCUCUGAGAAUCUUAUAAAGUUUGCCUACGAGAUCCUGUUCUUUACAGACUCCAUCGAUGAGUUCAUAAUGCAGUCCUUCAGGGAGUAUAAGGAUUACAGGUUCCAGAAUAUUGCUAAGGAUGGAGCCAAGAUUGGGGAGCAUUCGAAGAAAAGGAAGGAAUAUAUUAAGCAACAGGAGGCCGCUUACGAAUCGCUCAUUAAGUUCCUGUUAUUGGUGCUCAAUGACGAGGUCGACCGGGUGACUAUUUCCAGCCGCCUCCACAGCUCCCCCUUCGCCGCCAUAACCAAGGAAUGGGCGCACUCUGGCACCAUGCAGAGAGUGCAAAACACGCGCACUAGAGACAGGGGAAUCCACGAAAUUUACUUUAACCAAAAACUGAAGCUGGAGAUUAAUCCGCGCCACCCAAUCGUUAAAAAGUUGUUAACUAAAACUGACGCCAUUGUGGCCGAGGGGGCAACAGAUGAAGACAUCUUAUUGGCAGAUCCCGAGUUAAACGAUAUGUGCCGAAUGCUUUACGAAAUGGCUAAAGUCCGCUCCGGAUACGAGUUUAAGGAUCCUAUAAAGUUUUCGAAGCUUCUUGAAAGCAGCGUUCUUCGAUUUUAUAAUAUUGGAUCUGACGAAGUGCUAGAAGAAGAGCCUGUUUUUGACGACGAUGAUGCCGGCGAAACGAAAGAUGAGGAAGGAGGCAAGGAUAUGGACGAUGAAGAGGGAGGGGAGACUCCAAGUGCAGAAGAAAGCGAGAGGGAUGAGUUAUAAAAGUAAUAAAGACUAAUAUGCAUUUCA